GCCAUUGUCAUCAAGCAGACGCCUUUCCACUUCCCAGAAUCCCAACCUAGCUUGGCUUUGUAACAGUGAGACGACUCGCACAAUCUCUCACUGUGAAUUCUUCUUCAACCUCGAUCAAAUCUCAAACCCUAGCCCUAAUUCACCGCUCUUAGAUUAGAGCAAAGUGGUUGAGCUGCUCACAGCUUUCACAUUGACGAAAAUGGCGUCUCGGUUGCAGAAGAUCGAAGGAGACGAGUCCGUACUGUUGCGCGUAACUCAUUCGAACCUCAAGACCUUCUCUGCCGACAUCCGCUUCUCCCUACAGAGCUCCGUGGAGUACGUCAAGGACAAGCUAUGGCGUAAAUGCGGCACUUCUGUAGAUUCCAUGUCGAUCCACCUGUAUGACGACGCCAACACCCAAGUCUCCGUUUUGAACGACAACUCCAAGCCCCUCGGCUUCUAUUCACCGCACGACGGCUACCGGCUACAUGUUAUAGAUCUUGACCCUUCAUCGGUGACCUCCGGUGGGUGGCUUGAGGACACAUCGUUGGUGGAGAAGUACACUAUUUCCCAAGAAGCUUAUGAGAAACGAGAUGGGACUUUUAGAAAAUUUAAAGACAAAUUGGCAUCUCAGAACCCGUCAGCUUUUGAGAAUAAAUUUUGUUCGCAGAUACCAGAGAACAAUAUGGAAGAUCUCUGUGUAAAUAUCAAGGUUGGAGAUAGAUGUGAAGUUCAACCAGGGGAUAAAAGAGGUGUUGUUAAAUUUGUUGGUCGGGCAGAAUCUCUGGCUCCUGGUUUCUGGAUUGGAGUUCAAUAUGAUGAACCAUUGGGAAAGCAUGAUGGCAUGGUGAAAGGAACAAGAUAUUUCAAUUGCCUCCCACUUCAUGGUGGAAUUGUUCGGCCAGACAAAGUAAAGGUUGGUGACUACCCUGAACGAGAUCCAUUCGAGGAGGAUGAAAUCUAAGCAGGUCUUAGAGAGAGUACUUAUGUAUUUCAUGUUUUUACAUAACCUUUUUGGGGCAAUCGCCUUGAAGUUUCCUUAUAUUGUUCAAGUUGUAAUAUUAUUGGGAGGAGUUUAGAGUGUGAAGCUUAUUUGAGGGGUUCAAUCCCACCAUCAAACCAUUGUUUAAGUCUAUUGAUUUUCUCACAUUUGUUGAUGAUGGGAUUGAAUCCCUCUAAGCUCCUGCUUUCUGAGUAAAAGAAACAAUGAUGUUGGGUUGACUUAACAAAUUAAGGCGUAUUGGGCCGCUAUUUUUUUAAUUUCUGAGGCCCCUAUUGGGCCACCAUGUU